AUGGCGGAAAAUUUUGAAACUUUGGAAAAUAUUUUGUCGGACUGGGCGAACGAGGAGAUAGAAAUAACUCUUGUCGGGGCUGUUGAUAAAUUCCAAAAGAAAGAAAAAGAAAAGACACGUUUCUACGUGGAGAAUGACUUGGAAAAAAUUCUGGAGCAAUCUCAGUCGCUCGCGACAAAACGAAACACAAAAUGGGUCGUAAAAUUAUUUCAAGGUAACAACCAAUUUUUUUGCUUCGCAUUUAAGUACCACAAAAAGCAGAAAUUUAAAGAAAUUGAUUUAUUAAACAAUUCCAGCACUAUACAAUCUCAAAAUAAUUGUUUACACAGAUUGGUGUCAAGCAAGAAGCAUCACAACACCUCUCCUUAAAAUGAAUACAGCAGAAUUAGACUUAAACCUAGCAAGGUAUUACGUCGAAGCGAGAACGAAAAAAGGUGAAGAAUACAGUCGCUCAGCACUUCUUGGUUUUCGGAAUUCAAUUGAAAGAUACCUAAACAACGAUGGCUGUACAGUGAAAAUUUCAAGGAACCAAGUGUUUCAAAAGAGUAACAAAAUUCUGGAUGUGAAGCUACGAAUCAACCGCCGCGCCGGCAAGGAAAACGUUCAACAUAAACCAGUUAUUGUACCUUCAGACCUCGCAAAGACAAGAGCCAGCCCUUUCCUCAGUGUCACAAAUCCAGCCGUAUUGCUAAGGAGAACGUGGUUUUACGUUUCUCUGUACUGGUGCAGGCAUGGAAGGGAGGGACAGCGAGAUCUUCGCCGCGACAGUUUCAAGUUCACCAAAGAUGCAAACGGCUGGGAGUACGCAGUUAUGACCCACAAAGAAGCUACAAAAAACCAUCCUGGUUGUGAAACCAGCAAGCCCUCAGCUGAACGAGAAACAAGGCUUUACAGCACUGGAGCAGACUAG